GUGAAUGAUGGUUCCUAGAAAGUGUUUUGGAAAGGUGAAGCUGAGCAGAAUCCUUGGGUGUACCUUGAAAAUGAACUUUUUAUUCCUUCCUGGGAACAUUUUAUCGAUCAUCAUCUGAAGAAAGAUAAGGUUUAUGAUUAGACAGAGAGAAAGAGAGAAAUUAUCAUGAGAAUAAAAGAAUCAACAUCUUACAAAGUAGUGUAAAAGACGAUUGAAUGUUAAACAAUAACAUUAUCACCUGCUUAGAACUCUUGAUUUCACUCAGGAUUUUACUAUUCAACAACUAACCAACAAUAUCUAUUCCUUUGUUUGAUUGCUUUAAAAUUAAAUAUAUUUUAACACUUGAUCAACCUGAAAACCAUCCAUUUGCACCUUUGCUUUCCUAAUUUCACUCUGUACUUCAUCAAGCAACAUUAAUCUAAACUUAGACCUUUAUUUCACCAGAAAUAUCAUUUUGAAGGUUCAUUGUAACGGAAUUACAAUCUGUUUUGUAUUGUAAUUGAUUAUAAUUGACUGUAAUUGGUUUUAAUUGACUGUGAUUACUGGAUCACAAGUGGAUAAGUUUAUUUGCCAUUUGAAUCUUAUACUCGGUCAGAAGCAGGAUGACAACACCAAAUAAUGAAAAUGACACCAACAACAGCAACAUUGAUAAAGUUGUUGUUAAAAUCGAGCAAAAGACUGAAUCCGUUAAAAAGGUUGAUGCAAAUGCUAUUCUAUCAACUGGAACUUUGCCUGAUGGAACCAAAUAUCAUGUUCGAUUAAUGAGAUUGGACGAUGUUGAUGAAGUAUUGCAAGUUUGGAAAUCGAUUGGACUUUAUGAAGGAACGAAUACGAUACAAAGUUUCCAUGCAAUUGAUCCAGAAGGCUUUUAUGUUGCGGUCAGUGAAAAAGAUGGAAGUAUCAUUGGGGAAGUCGGCGCUGUUUUUAUCGAGCCGACCACUGCAUUUAUUGGGUUGUACGCAGUUAGACCAGAUUGUCAGAAGAUGGGUGUUGGUUACGCUGUUUGGAAGCAAAUGAUGAAGCAUGUUGGCGAAGCAAAUGUUGGUCUUUAUGCUCUUGACACUCAAUAUGAUAUGUAUCGUAACAAAGCUAAACUUGAGAUUGAAGAUCCGGUCAAGAUUGUUGAAUUUAAAAAGAUAGGAGAGACUUCACCUGAAACUCUUGCCAACUUAACCCAAUCCAUAAACAAUGUUGAGCUUGUCCAGGUUGGUGUCAAUGAUGAAAUUAUCAAUCAAAUCAUUUCCUAUGAUCAAACAGUUGCCAGACAUGAUCGAAGUAAAUUGAUACCAUUAAUAAUUGGUGAACCAGAUGCGUUGUGUUUAGCAGCCAUUGAUCAAACAUCGAAAAAGCUAUUGGGUUAUGGUGUUAUUCACACAUCGAUUCUAGACAAGGCAAUGGUUGGACCCAUUUUUGCUCGAUCAAGCAACAUUGCAGAGUUGCUACUUUACCACUUGAUUGACCGGUUUCCGAUGGCUAAAUCAUCAGGCUUUUUCUUAAUGACUUGUGACUGUAAUAAAGAUUUCAUGGAAACAGCUACAAAAUUGAAUUGCACCAAAGAGCACAUCUUACCUCGGCUAUUCCGCUCUUCUUGCCCACAAAUUGAAUGGAGUCAGGUUUACUGUAUCACUUCACCCAAUUAUACAGUUGUUUAAGCACAUACUGACCCAAUGGUUUGUAGACAAUUAAAUUAAAUCAAUGAAACAUAAAAGGAAAAAAAGGUUCAUGAUAAAUGAAGCAAGCGAUCGAAAGAGAAAGGAUUCUCAAUGUAAUGGCAUUUUGCUUUUUUGUUUCAUCUCUUCCUAAGAAACGGCUUUUUAAUUGUUUUUAUUUAAAUUUGAUAUCUUUUCUGCUAUCGUUUGGAGUUGUCAGUUUUGUGGUUGAUGAGGUUACAAUAAUGAAAAUGUCUAAUAAUCAAAGCCAGAAAAAAUUACUGAGUUGAUUGAGUUUAUCAUUAAACCUUUUCUUGAUGUGAUGAUUGGAUGAACAAAAUGAUUUCAACGCACCGAUGAAAAAACUGCACAAAAUUAACACAAAACUCAUACAAAAUUGAAUAAAACAAUCAACAUGAAAAAAACCCAAAAACAAUGUCACAGGAACCCACAAAAUUUGAAGCCAAGUCAACAACAAUACAGCCGAAAAGCUUGGAAGUUAAUUGCAAGGAAUGAAAAGCAAUUUAUCUGCAUAAAUUAAAUGACUUGGACUUCAUAAAAUCAUCUUAUUCACAGCAUUUUUAACCAAAUCAAAAUGUACCCUUUGUGGCUAUUGUAAAGCCAUGUCAAGUUUCUGAUGUUAAUUCAGAUGUAGCAUUAUUAAAUUUGGAUACUGAUCAAAGUUUAAUUUAACCUGUCACUUCUAAUCGAGGAACCAUUAUCAAGAUCAUUUUCAUUGAAUCAGACAAUCAUAAACAUUGUAGUUCCUUUAAUGGCUAUUCAUUAGAAAUAAAAUGAGUUAACUUAUAAAUAAAUUGUUCACAUUUUCAAAUUUUAUUGAUAAUUU